AUGAUCCUAGUGAUGGCUGCGAAAAGACCACAAACGCCAAUGGAACAAUUGUUACGCGACCUUUGCCUGACAAUCAAUGGGGCAGGCAGCACGAAUGAUAGCAAUGGCAACGCUGCUAUCAUCAACACCAACACCAACAUCAACACCAACAAUACCACCACCGCAGAAGUUCCGCUUGACGCUGAAGGCAAUGCGACAACCGAAAGGAUCACCAACACCGAAGCGGCUACCAACAGCAAUGAGACUGCUGCCACUGAGGAUAGCAACGACAAUGGAGCAAUUCAGCCGAAAGCUUACUUCAGUGAAUUUGAUCUCCCUCAAAAGGAAGUAGAGAAUCUUGUGAGCCUUGCAAGAUCCAUCGUUGAUGGAGAGGAAGCAGAAAAGAUUGUGACGGCAUUUGAAAGAGAUUAUGCCGAGCAUCCACAUCUGUUCUGGGAUAUGUUCUCAGGAAAUCUCAAGAUGGAAAACUCUCUCGACAACCUUCUGUCCGCAAUUUCUCACUUUAAGAGUUCAAGUCCACUGGGCCGCCGACUCCUGUUGAGAUGA